AUGCCCAGCACCCGUCCCUCAAUUUCCAUCACACUGGCUAUCACACCGCCCAGGUUCUCCCUCAAUCCCAGCCCGCAACCGACGAUCACCCUGACAGCAGUUUCACAUCACCAUGAACCUAUCACACCCUUUGCUCAACCCACAAUAUUCAACCUCGGUCUCAGCCAGCGUCGCAGCAUCUUCAUGUGUCAGGAUAUCACUGUACCAGACAGAAAGCCGCUACGUCUAGAUAUCACCAAAGGUGGGAAGCGUCCAGCCUUCAAUCGCGAGUUGGGUGGGUCAGAUGAUCACUUUUUCGUCACAUUACACCCUGAGACACCAACUGAGUUUCAGGAAGUGUUUCGCCUGGCCAAUAGAUCAGGGUACGGAAAUACUCUCGAAAUUGGACAUCGAUAUUGGUCUGGGAUAAAGGAGGGCGAGGUAAUACCCUGGUGGCGGGUUGGAGGGAAAGCGGAUGUGAUGGCGCCCCAAGGUGAGCGAGCUUCGCUGGGAGAGGCAAGCGGGGAGCCUAUCACUCUAAAAGCAGAGGGUGUGGAUUUCGAGGUUAUAUAA